AUGGCCUCGGAAGUUGUGUGCGGGCUCAUCUUCAGGCUGCUGCUCCCCGUCUGCCUGGCAGUAGCCUGUGCGUUCCGGUACAAUGGGCUCUCCUUCGUCUACCUCAUCUACCUUCUACUCAUCCCCCUGUUCUCAGAACCAACCAAAGCCACCAUGCAAGGACACACAGGACGGUUGUUAAAGUCUCUGUGCUUCACCAGUUUUUCCUUCCUGUUGCUGCAUAUAAUUUUCCACAUCACGUUGGCAAGUCUGGAGGCACAGCACCGCAUUGCACCUGGUUACAACUGCUCAACCUGGGAAAAGACAUUCCGACAGAUCGGCUUUGAAAGCUUAAAGGGAGCUGAUGCUGGCAACGGGAUCCGAGUGUUUGUGCCUGACGUCGGCAUGUUCAUAGCCAGUCUGACCAUCUGGCUGGUCUGUAGGAACAUCGUUCAGAAACCAGUGACUGAAGAAGCAGCGCAGUAUAACCUGGAGUUUGAGAAUGAAGAAUCGGCUGGAGGAGAAAUAAUAGACCCAGAAGAGGCGCUGAUCUAUGAAGAGGAUUUAGAGGAAAGAGAUGGUGUUGAAGGCGAUUUGGAAGAAAGCACGAAAUUAAAACUCUUCCGCAGGCUGGCCUCUGUGGCUUCCAAGCUUAAGGAGUUCAUUGGCAACAUGAUAACCACCGCGGGGAAGGUUGUUGUGACGAUUUUACUGGGUUCAUCAGGAAUGAUGCUGCCCUCUCUGACCUCGUCCGUGUACUUCUUUGUGUUUUUGGGUCUGUGCACCUGGUGGUCCUGGUGCCGGACCUUCGACCCCUUGCUGUUCAGCUGUCUCUGUGUCCUGCUGGCUAUUUUCACUGCGGGACACUUGAUUGGACUGUAUUUGUACCAGUUCCAGUUCUUCCAAGAAGCAGUCCCUCCCAACGACUACUAUGCCAGGUUGUUUGGUAUCAAAUCAGUCAUUCAAACAGACUGUUCCAGCACGUGGAAGAUCAUAGCAAACCCAGACCUGUCAUGGUACCACCAUGCCAACCCCAUCGUCCUGCUGGUGAUGUACUACACGCUGGCCACUCUAAUCCGAAUCUGGCUACAGGAGCCCCUUGUGCAGGAAGAGAGGACAAAGGAAGAGGACAGAGCCCUGGCCUGCAGCCCCGUCCCCAUCACAGCCGAGAGGAGGCGGAGCCUGUGGUACGCGACCCACUACCCCACGGGUGAGAGAAAACUUUUAUCCAUGACUCAAGAUGACUACAAACCAUCUGAUGGCCUGCUGGUGACUGUGAACGGCAACCCCGUGGAUUACCACACCAUCCACCCCAGCCUUCCCCUGGAGAACGGCCCCGCCAAGGCCGACCUGUACUCCACCCCACAGUACCGCUGGGAGCCCUCCGCUGACUCCACGGAAAAGAAGGAGGGAGAAGAUGAGAAUGAAGAAUUUGAGGAGGAGAAGGCCUAUGAGGAGAAAAGGAGUGUCAAAGUCCAUGCCAUGGUCUCUGUGUUCCAGUUCAUCAUGAAGCAGAGUUACAUCUGUGCCCUUAUCGCUAUGAUGGCGUGGAGCAUCACGUACCACAGCUGGCUGACGUUCGUGCUGCUGAUCUGGUCCUGCACUCUCUGGAUGAUUCGCAACAGAAGGAAAUAUGCCAUGAUCAGCUCUCCAUUCAUGGUUGUCUACGGAAAUCUACUGCUCAUAUUACAGUACAUAUGGAGUUUUGAACUCCCUGAAAUUAAAAAGGUCCCAGGAUUUUUAGAAAAGAAAGAGCCAGGGGAACUUGCCUCAAAGAUCCUUUUCACCAUUACGUUUUGGCUGUUGCUGAGACAGCACCUCACAGAGCAAAAAGCUCUCCAAGAAAAGGAAGCUCUUCUGUCUGAGGUCAAAAUCGGACGUCAGGAGAAUGAAGAAAACGAUGACGAACAGGACGUACAGGUGGAUGGGGAGGCCCAGGAGAAGAAGGAAGAAGAGGAGGCAAAGGAGGAGAAGCAGGAGCGGAAGGAGGAGGAGGAGGAGGAGGACGAGCAGGACAUCAUGAAGGUGCUGGGUAACCUGGUGGUGGCCUUGUUCAUCAAGUACUGGAUCUAUGUCUGUGGAGGCAUGUUCUUCUUCGUCAGCUUCGAGGGUAAAAUCGUGAUGUACAAGAUCAUCUACAUGAUGCUCUUCCUGUUCUGUGUGGCCCUGUAUCAGGUGCACUAUGAGUGGUGGAGACGGAUCCUGAAAUAUUUCUGGAUGUCGGUGGUUAUCUACACGAUGCUGGUGCUGAUCUUUAUAUACACAUAUCAGUUUGAAAACUUCCCGGGCCUGUGGCAAAAUAUGACUGGAUUGAAAAAAGAAAAGCUGGAGGACCUUGGCUUAAAACAGUUCACGGUGGCUGAGCUGUUCACGCGCAUAUUCAUCCCCACAUCCUUCUUGUUGGUGUGCAUCCUGCACCUGCACUACUUCCAUGACGGCUUCCUGGAACUCACGGACCUGAAGUCCAUUCCCAGCAAGGAAGACAGCGCCAUCUACAGCCAUGCCAAGGUCAAUGGGCGCGUGUAUCUGAUAAUAAAUAGCAUCAAGAAAAAAUUACCAAUCUACCAAAAUGAACUGGCCCACCCCGAGGGAAGCCUUCCCGACCUCGCCAUGAUGAAGCCGACCGCCAGCUUGGAGGUGGUGGAAGCCAAGCAGCUGGCUGGACCUGGGGAGGAGAAGCCGGGGGGAUGCCCGGCAAAGGCCAAGAAGGGCGAGCUCGGCAAGGACAGUGAGGAAGAGGACGACGAGGAGGAGGAAGAGACGUCAGAUCUGAGGAACAAGUGGCACCUGGUGAUUGACCGCCUCACGGUGCUGUUCCUGAAGUUCCUGGAGUGUUUCCACCAGCUGCAGACGUUCCUGUGGUGGAUCCUGGAGCUUCACAUCAUCAAGAUCGUCUCCUCCUACAUCAUCUGGGUGUCCGUGAAAGAGGUGUCUCUGUUCAACUAUGUAUUUUUGAUUUCUUGGGCUUUUGCUCUGCCGUACACCAAGCUCCGCCGCCUGGCUUCUAGCGUCUGCACUGUCUGGACAUGUGUGAUCAUUGUCUGCAAAAUGUUGUACCAGCUGCAGACCAUUAAGCCUGAAAACUUUUCUGUCAACUGUUCCUUGCCAAAUGAAAACCAAACGAAUAUACCCCUGCAGCAGCUGAACAAGUCUCUGCUCUACAGCGCCCCCAUUGACCCAGCAGAGUGGGUCGGCCUGAGGAAGUCCUCUCCUUUGCUUGUCUACCUGAGGAACAACCUCCUGAUGCUGGCCAUUCUGGCCUUUGAGGUCACCAUCUACCGCCAUCAGGAGUAUUAUCGCGGUCGGAACAACCUCACGGCCCCCGUGUCUAAAACCAUCUUUCACGACAUUACAAGACUCCACCUGGAUGAUGGACUUGUCAGUUGUGCCAAGUAUUUCAUCAAUUACUUCUUCUACAAGUUUGGUCUGGAGACCUGUUUCCUCAUGUCAGUUAACGUGAUCGGUCAGCGGAUGGAUUUCUACGCCAUGAUUCAUGCCUGCUGGCUGAUUGCCGUCUUGUACCGGCGCCGAAGGAAAGCCAUCGCGGAGAUGUGGCCCAAGUACUGUUGCUUCCUGGCCUGUAUCAUCACCUUCCAGUACUUCAUCUGCAUCGGCAUCCCUCCCGCCCCGUGCCGAGAUUACCCCUGGAGGUUCAAGGGCGCCAGCUUCAACGACAACAUCGUCAAGUGGCUGUAUUUCCCGGACUUCAUUGUGCGGCCCAACCCCGUGUUCCUCGUGUAUGACUUCAUGCUGCUUCUGUGCGCCUCCCUACAACGGCAGAUUUUCGAGGAUGAAAACAAGGCCGCCGUGCGGAUCAUGGCAGGUGACAAUGUGGAGAUCUGCAUGAACCUGGACGCAGCCUCGUUCAGCCAGCACAACCCCGUCCCCGACUUCAUCCACUGCAGAUCGUACCUGGACAUGUCCAAAGUGAUCAUCUUCAGCUACCUCUUCUGGUUCGUGCUCACCAUCAUCUUCAUCACCGGGACGACCAGGAUCAGCAUCUUCUGCAUGGGUUACCUGGUGGCCUGCUUCUACUUCCUGCUCUUUGGGGGCGAUUUGCUGCUGAAGCCCAUCAAGAGCAUCCUGCGAUAUUGGGACUGGCUGAUUGCAUACAACAUCUUUGUGAUCACGAUGAAAAACAUACUGUCGAUAGGAGCAUGCGGCUAUAUUGAAAAAUUGGUUCAAAAUAGUUGCUGGUUGAUCCAAGCUUUCAGCCUAGCCUGCACAGUCAAGGGCUACAAAAUGCCUGAUGAUGAUUCCUCGUGUAAACUACCCAGCGGGGAAGCGGGGAUUAUUUGGGACAGCAUAUGCUUUGCCUUCCUUCUGCUGCAGAGAAGAGUUUUCAUGAGUUACUAUUUCCUGCAUGUCGUGGCGGAUAUAAAAGCUUCACAGAUCCUGGCUUCGAGGGGGGCUGAACUUUUCCAGGCCACGAUUGUAAAGGCUGUAAAGGCAAGAAUUGAGGAAGAGAAAAAGUCAAUGGACCAGCUGAAGAGGCAGAUGGAUCGCAUCAAGGCCAGGCAACAGAAAUACAAAAAGGGUAAGGAGAGGAUGCUGAGCUUGACUCAGGAGUCAGGGGAAGGCCAAGACAUCCAAAAACUCUCUGAAGAGGAUGAUGAAAGAGAAGCAGACAAACAGAAAGCCAAGGGCAAAAAAAAGCAGUGGUGGCGGCCUUGGGUUGAUCAUGCUUCCAUGGUCAGGAGUGGAGAUUACUAUUUGUUUGAAACGGACAGUGAAGAGGAGGAAGAGGAAGAAUUAAAAAAGGAAGAUGAAGAGCCUCCACGAAGGUCAGCUUUCCAGAGAGCUAUUGGGAAGUUUGCGUCAGCCAUUUUAGCCUUGCCAAAGUCUGUCAUUAAACUUCCCAAAACUAUUCUUCAGUAUUUAAUCAGAGCUGCAAAGUUUGUUUAUCAAGCCUGGAUUACUGACCCUAAAACAGCACUCCGACAGAGGCGCAAAGAGAAAAAAACAUCUGCAAGAGAAGAACAGAAAAGAAGGAGAAAAGGAUCUGGGGACGGUCCUGUGGAGUGGGAAGACUGGGAGGAUGAACCGAUCAAGAAGAAAUCUGAUGGACCAGAUAAUAUCAUCAAGAGGAUAUUUAAUAUUCUGAAGUUCACCUGGGUCUUGUUUCUGGCGACCGUGGACAGUUUCACAACGUGGCUGAACUCCAUCUCCAGGGAGCACAUCGACAUCUCCACCGUCUUGAGGAUCGAGAGGUGCAUGCUGACCAGAGAGAUUAAAAAGGGCAACGUCCCGACCCGGGAGAGCAUCCACAUGUACUAUCAGAACCACAUCAUGAACCUUUCCAGAGAGUCGGGACUGGACACCAUUGAUGACCAUCCUGGCGCCACCGCAGGUAUACAGGCAGCCCACAGGAUGGACAGCUUAGAUUCCCACGACAGCAUCUCCAGCUGCUACACGGAAGCAACCAUGCUGUUCUCAAGGCAGUCCACCCUUGAUGAUUUAGAUGGACCAGAAACUGUUCCUAAAACAAGUGAGCGCGCUCGGCCUGGGCUCCGUAAAAUGUUCAGCAUGGAUGUGUCCUCUUCGUCAGCUGAGAGCGCCAGCUUAGCCUCCAGUGAGCCCACGCAGUGCACGAUGCUGUACUCGCGCCAGGGGACCACAGAGACCAUAGAGGAGGUGGAGGCCGAGCAGGAUGAGGAGGUGCCUGAGGACACCCAGUCCCCACAGGACCCCAUGCAGGAUGGCGACGUGGAGGCCCCGCCGUCCUACAGCAAGGCCGUCAGCUUCGAGCGCCUGUCUUUUGACUCCCGGGACGACUCGGGGGGCCAGACCCACAUGGCGGUCAGCCCCGACGACAGCCGCUCGGACCGCCUGGAGGCCAGCAUCCUGCCACCCCUGACCCAUGAGCUGACGGCCAGCGAGCUACUGCUGAACAAGAUGUUCCAUGAUGACGAGCUGGAAGAGUCGGAGAAGUUCUAUGUUGGGCAGCCCCGCUUCCUGCUGCUGUUCUACGCCAUGUACAACACGCUGGUGGCCCGCUCGGAGAUGGUGUGCUACUUCGUCAUCAUCCUCAACCACAUGGUCUCUGCCUCCAUGAUCACCCUUGUGCUGCCCAUCCUGAUCUUCCUCUGGGCCAUGCUGUCCGUCCCCCGGCCCAGCAGACGGUUCUGGAUGAUGGCCAUCGUCUACACAGAGGUGGCAAUUGUGGUCAAGUAUUUCUUCCAGUUUGGGUUCUUUCCCUGGAACAAGAACGUGGAAUUGAACAAAGACAAGCCUUACCACCCACCCAAUAUCAUCGGGGUGGAGAAGAAGGAGGGCUACGUUCUCUACGACCUCAUCCAGCUGCUGGCCCUCUUCUUCCACCGGUCUAUCCUGAAGUGCCACGGCCUGUGGGACGGAGAUGACAUCGCAGACAGUGGCUCUGACGAGGUGGGCUCGGACGACGCGCUGUCCCUCGGCCACGGUAGGAGGGGUUCCUCUGACUCCCUGAAGUCCAUCAACCUGGCCGCGUCUGUGGAGUCGGUGCACGUGACCUUCCCCGAGCAGCCGGCCGCCAUCAGGAGGAAGCGCUCCAGCAGUGGCUCCCAGACGUCCCAGGGCUCCAGCUUUUCCUCCAAUAGGUCCAGGAGAGGCAGCACAAGCACCCGAAACAGCAGCCAAAAAGGAAGCAGUGUUGUGAGCAUCAAGCAAAAAAGCAGACGGGAUCUUUAUGUGGAGAAGCUUCAAGUACACUUAAUCAAAGCAAAAGCGUUUACCAUAAAGAAGACCCUGCAGCUCUACGUGCCCAUCAGACAGUUCUUCUACAACCUCAUCCACCCCGACUACAGCGCCGUGACCGACGUGUACGUGCUCAUGUUCCUGGCAGACACCGUUGACUUUGUCAUCAUCGUCUUUGGCUUCUGGGCCUUUGGGAAACAUUCAGCCGCGGCCGACAUCACCUCCUCGCUGUCGGAGGACCAGGUCCCAGGGCCCUUCCUGGUGAUGGUCCUCAUUCAGUUCGGGACCAUGGUGGUGGACCGGGCACUGUACCUCAGGAAGACGGUCCUGGGGAAGGUCAUCUUCCAGGUCAUCCUGGUGUUUGGAAUUCACUUCUGGAUGUUCUUCAUCUUGCCUGGUGUGACUGAGAGGAAAUUCAGCCAGAACCUGGUCGCCCAGCUUUGGUACUUCGUGAAAUGCGUGUAUUUUGGGUUGUCCGCCUACCAGAUCCGCUGCGGCUACCCGACGCGGGUGCUCGGAAACUUCCUCACCAAGAGCUACAACUACGUCAAUCUCUUCUUGUUUCAAGGGUUCCGCCUCGUCCCUUUUCUGACGGAGCUGAGGGCCGUGAUGGACUGGGUGUGGACAGACACGACCCUGAGCCUGUCCAGCUGGAUCUGUGUGGAGGACAUCUAUGCUCACAUAUUCAUCCUCAAGUGUUGGCGGGAGUCGGAAAAAAGGUACCCGCAGCCCCGGGGGCAGAAGAAGAAGAAGGUGGUCAAGUACGGGAUGGGGGGGAUGAUCAUCGUCCUGCUCAUCUGUAUUGUCUGGUUCCCUCUGCUCUUCAUGUCUCUGGUCAAAUCUGUCGCCGGGGUCAUCAACCAGCCCCUGGACGUCUCGGUCACAAUUACCCUGGGCGGGUACCAGCCUAUUUUCACAAUGAGUGCCCAGCAAAGCCAGCUGAAAGUUAUGGACCAGCCAAAGUUUAAUAAAUUUAUUAAAGCUUUUUCUAAGGACACUGGUGCUAUGCAAUUUCUGGAAAAUUAUGAAAAAGAAGACAUAACAGUAGCAGAACUGGAAGGAAACUCAAAUUCUUUGUGGACCAUCAGCCCUCCCAGUAAGCAGAAAAUGAUACACGAGCUCAUGGAUCCCAAUAGUAGCUUCUCUGUUGUUUUUUCAUGGAGUGUGCAGAGAAACAUGAGUCUGGGUGCAAAAGCAGAAAUAGCCACAGAUAAGCUUUCUUUUCCUCUUAAAAAUACGACACGAGAGCACAUUGCUAAAAUGAUAGCUGGCAACAACACAGAAAGUUCCAAAACGCCAGUGACCAUAGAAAGGAUUUACCCAUACUACGUGAAAGCACCCAGCGACUCUAACUCCAAACCCAUAAAGCAACUUUUAUCUGAAAAUAAUUUCAUGAACAUCACCGUCAUUCUGUCCAGAGACAAUACAACUAAAUCCAACAGUGAGUGGUGGGUUCUCAACUUGACUGGGAAUAGAAUCUACAACCAGCAUGCGCAGGCCCUGGAGCUGGUGGUCUUCAAUGACAAGGUCAGCCCCCCAAGCCUGGGGUUCCUGGCCGGCUACGGUAUCAUGGGCCUCUAUGCUUCAGUGGUCCUGGUGAUUGGGAAGUUUGUCCGUGAAUUCUUCAGUGGGAUUUCUCACUCCAUCAUGUUUGAAGAGCUUCCGAAUGUGGAUCGGAUUUUGAAGUUGUGCACAGAUAUUUUUUUAGUUCGAGAGACCGGGGAGCUGGAAUUGGAGGAGGACCUCUAUGCCAAAUUAAUAUUCCUGUACCGUUCGCCAGAAACCAUGAUCAAAUGGACCAGGGAGAAAACAAACUGAUGCCCCAGGCCACAGUGAC